AUGAUAUAUACUAUCCUCAACUGGAUUGUCAACAAAUUGUUAAAGAGUCUGAAGUUUCUAAACCCAGAGUAGCAACAUCGCGAGACUUCCGGGAACGCUUGUGAAACAGACUAGAAAGACCAAGUCGGGGUUUUGCGUUGGAGAAGUGAAAAAUAUUCCAUAGUUGUUCAUUUUCUCGAAAUCGAAAGGCAAAUCCUAGAUUCGAGCCGAUGUCUUCAGUAGUUAAACAUGGUAUUACUCCAACCUCGUGAUAGUGACAAACUGACACGUUUUAAUUUGUCAAAAACAAUUUUAUAUCGAAUGAGUGCCUUUGAAUUGACGGCCUGUACAUGCGCAGUUCGGCGAAAGUCGACCGUUAUCCCAUAUGUUGUUUAUAACUAAACCUUGUUCUAUAUGUGGUUAUACGUACUUCUGCUCAUGUGCUUAGCUAGGCAACGUCGCCAUGACAUCACCUACAAGUGUGAACGGCGAUUUCAAUUGGAGAGCAGUUUCUGUCUAUCAUCAUACUGUACUGACUUUGUCUACUCCUUGCAGGCUGCGUCAUACUGCUGCAAUGUUGACGGUCUCGAUUAAUAUUAUCGAGCAUAGAAAUAGAACGCAUAGAACGCCCCGCACACCAUCGUUGUUUCAACCAGGGAGUUCGACACAACAAGAGAGAGAAGUAGAGCCACCCAAAUAACAUCAGAGGAAUAAAGCGACCGAAGAGAGGCUGCAAAAUGAAGAGGGGGCGAUAAACAUAGCUAGCUGUAUAUAGCUUAGCACGCAUGCUAACGUUGGCUUCUAGUUAGCUAGCUACGUCGAAACGGCCACGCAGAGAACAACAUCAAAAGGCGAUAGUCAGAAGAAGGGUUUACAACUGUAUUUCAAUGGUAUUUUUAAAUAAAAGCAGGUUCGAGCAUUAUGUCCUGCUCUGGUAACCUGGUUUGGGAUGUUAACAAGCGUUCCAUUGGAUAUAAUGACCCGAAUGCUGUCAGGAUCAACUACUUAGGGAGAAGAGAAUUUGUCCAGCGGCUGAAACUCGAAGCGACACUCAAUGUUCACGAUGGCUGUGUCAAUACUAUAUCCUGGAACGAUACCGGGGAGUACAUCUUGUCAGGGUCGGACGAUACCAACCUGGUCAUCACAAACCCAUACAACAGAAAGGUUAAGGCAACCAUACGGUCGGGUCACCGGGCGAACAUCUUCAGUGCUAAGUUCAUGCCUCAGACCAGUGACCAGCAGAUCAUCUCGUGCUCUGGGGAUGGUAUCAUCUACUACACCCACACAGAGAAGAGCCCCGACAUCAACAGGCAGUGCCAGUUCACCUGCCACUACGGAACAGCCUACGAGAUUAUGACAGUACCCAACGACCCCUAUACGUUCCUGUCGUGUGGGGAGGACGGCACCGUGCGCUGGUUUGACCUGCGCACAAAGACCAGCUGUACUAAAGAGGACUGCAAAGAUGACAUCCUGAUCAACUGUCGGCGGGCGGCGACGUCUAUCUCCAUCAGUCCGCUGGUGCCCUAUUACCUGGCGGUGGGCUGCUCCGACAGCUCCGUACGCAUCUAUGACAGACGCAUGCUGGGCACCAGGGCUACGGGGAACUACAUGGGCCGUGGAACGACGGGCAUGUGUGUGCGCUUCGUUCCGGCACACCUGUCCAACAAGUCGUGUCGUGUGACUUCGCUCUGCUACAGCGGGGACGGACAGGAGGUACUGGUCAGCUACUCUUCAGACUACGUCUACCUGUUUGACCCCAAUAAUGACCAGGCCCGAGAGCUGAAGGGUCCGUCCGAGGAGAGGAGGGAGGAGCUGCGGCAACCCCCAGUGAAGCGUCUUCGUUUACGAGGUGACUGGUCUGACACCGGUCCGCGAGCUCGUCCUGAGAGCGAGCGAGAGCGGGACGGAGAGCAGAGUCCCAACGUGUCGCUGAUGCAGAGGAUGUCGGACAUGUUGUCCCGCUGGUUUGAGGAGGCCAGCGAGGCCCAGGGCAGCCGGGGGACCACGCGCCCUCAGACACGCCCUACAGGCACUCUUCCUCGCAUAGAGGGGGCCCCCACCAUCCCAACACUCCCUACAAUACCCCCUCCACAAGCAGCCAGAGCCCUAGAGGGCUCUGUGGAAAUGGAGGCCUCCGCCGUCAACCCUGUACCUGUACCCCUCUCCAAGUCCACCUCCUCCUCAGGGUCAUCGUCAACGGUUACAGCACAUCCUCCGUCAACCUCCUCAUCCAUGGAAGGCUCGGUGCUUCCCUCAUGCGCCCUCACCUCCUCCCCAGAUUCAGAGCAGAGGAGUCAGGCAGACACUGCUGUGACCUCCACGCCAACACCUACACCCACCACAGAGGCCGCACUGUCCGAUUCUCCCUCGUCUGUGGUUAACAAACAGCUGGGAUCCAUGACUCUGGAUGAGCAGCAGGGAGCAUCAGAAGCUGUGAGUGUGAGUGCUGGAGCGAGUUCAGUCAAAGUAAAAACUCUGUCUGCGUCUGCCAGUGUAACUGGAACCUCGUCUGGGUCCGGGGCACCCAGCAGCAGUACUGGACCUGGAGGUAGCCGAGCCAGCACGGCAGAACCCGUCCUGAGUCUACACUACAGCACUGAGGGAACCACCACCAGCACCAUCAAACUGGACUUCACUGACGAGUGGAGCCGCAGAGCUCCCAAUUCCAGGGGCAGUGGAGCCUCCAGUUCCAGGGGCAGCGGAGCCUCCAGUUCCAGGGGCAGUGGAGAGUCCAAACCGUCAGAGGCAGCAGGGGCCGCCCAGACCAGGGAAGGGCCCUUGGCAGAGAGCUCUGCCUCAGAGCAGGUGGCUGUGUCGGAGCCCUCCGGCCAGAGCAGGUCUGCUGCUUCCCACACAGACCCACUGUGUGAGGCUGGGGGUGCCUCCUUCUCCAGCACCCAGGGCUCCACGCAGGCCCAGGCCACAGCACAAGCCUCCUCUGUGGGGGAUAGUGUGACUGCCACGCCCCUGGAAAGGAGCCAGGGUAUGGGUGCGGAGGACACCACUGGGGGGUGCAGGAGAGAGGAGCCUGUGGGGGAGGGGGGGCAUGGGGGUCCAGGGGGGCAGGGGGUUCCAACGGGACCGGGAGGACAGGGUCAACCCUCCCGUAGCCACCAGGACUCAGACGACAGUGAUGACGACCCAAUUCUUAUCCCCUCUGCGAGGUACAGAGGAGGACAGGGACAGAGACGCUCAGCUGCGGCCCGUAUCCAGGAACUGUUUCGUCGGAGGAAGGAGAGGAGAGAGAUGGAGGAGAGUGAGACACAGAAUAUCAGGAGACCCUCAGUAAAAAUGGUCUACAAGGGCCACCGCAACUCCAGGACUAUGAUCAAGGAGUCGUGUUUCUGGGGGAACAACUUUGUGAUGAGUGGUUCAGACUGUGGCCACAUCUUCAUCUGGGACAGACACACGGGCGAGCACCUGAUGCUGCUGGAGGCCGACAAUCACGUAGUCAACUGUCUCCAGCCGCACCCCUACGAUCCCAUUCUUGCCUCGUCAGGGAUCGACUACGACAUUAAGAUCUGGUCACCUCUGGAGGCGUCCCCGUCCUUUAACAGAGUCCUAGCUGAUGAGGUGAUAACGCGUAAUGAGUUGAUGCUUGAGGAGACCAGGAACACCAUCACAGUCCCCGCCUCCUUCAUGCUGCGAAUGCUGGCCUCCCUUAAUCACAUAAGAACGGAUCGCUUGGAGGGUGACCGCUCAGAAGGUUCUGGACAGGAGAACGAGGAUGAGCAGUAGCUGCCCGGACAACAUUUUAUUUGAAAAAGAAAACACAAUUUUUCUUUUGCUCUAAAAAAGCACUUGAAGAUCUUGAGAUUUGUACAAGUAUUAUGUAGAAUAUUUCUUUAUCUGAGCAUUAGUUACAUUUUUAGCUCUUCUUUUUUAAGAUGACUUUCUUACUGGUGUGUCUGUAUGAGAACUGCAUUUGAGGAAAAAAGUGUGUGAAUGCAAGCGCAAAGCCAGACAUAUGUGUGUGUGUGUGUUUAUAUAUAUAUAUACAGUUAUAGUUGCAAGUUUAAAUACACCUUAGCCAAAUGCAUUUAAACUCAGUUUAUCACAAUUCCUGACAUUUUAUCCUAGUAAAAAUUCCCUGUCUUAGGUCUGUUAGGAUCACCACUUUAUUUUAAGAAUGUGAAAUGUCAGAAUGAUAGUGGAGUCAUUUAUUUCAGCUUUUAUUUCUUUCAUCACAUUCCAAGUGGGUCAGAAGUUUACAUACACUCAAUUAGUAUUUGGUAGCAUUGCCUUUAAAUUGUUUAACUUGGGUCAAAUGUUUCGGGUAGCCUUCCACAAGCUUCCCAAAAUAAGUUGGGUGAAUUUUGGCCCAUUUCUCCUGACAGAGCUGGUUUAACCGAGUCAGGUUUGUAGGCCUCCUUGCUCGCACACGCUUUUUCAGUUCUGCCCACAAAUGUUCUAUGGGAUUGAGGUCAGGACUUUGUAUGCUUGGGGUCAUUGUCCAUUUGGAAGACCGAUUUGUGACCAAGCUUUAACUUCCUGACUGAUGUCUUGAGAUGUUGCUUCAAUAUAUCCACAUAAUUGUCUUUCCUCAUGAUGCCAUCUAUUUUGUGAAGUGCACCAGUCCCUCCUGCAGCAAAGCGCCCCCACAACAUGAUGCUGCCAUCCCCCGUGCUUCACGGUUGGGAUGGUGUUCUUUGGCUUGUAAGCCUCCCUCUUUUUCCUCCAAACAUAACGAUGGUCAUUAUGGCCAAAUAGUUAUAUUUUUGUUUCAUCAGACCAGAGGAAUUUCUCCAAAAAGUACGAUCUUUGUCCCCAUGUGCAGUUGGUGGUUUUGGAGUAGUGGCUUAUUUCUUGCUGAGCGGCCUUUCAGGAUAUGUCGAUAUAGGACUCGUUUUACUGUGGAUAUAGAUACUUUUGUACCUGUUCCUCCAGCAUCCUCACAAGGUCCUUUGCUGUUGUUCUGGGACCAAAGUACGUUCAUCUCUAGGAGACAGAACGCGUCUCCUUCCUGAGCGGUAUGACUGCUGCGUGGUCCCAUGGUGUUUAUACUUGCAUACUACUCUUUGUACAGAUGAACGUGGUACCUUCAGGUGUUUGGAAAUUGCUCCCAAGGAUGAACCAGACUUGUGGAGGUCUACAAUUUUUUUCUGAAGUCUUGGCUGAUUUCUUUUGAUUUUCCCAUGAUGUCAAGCAACGAGGCACUGAGUUUGAAGAUAGGCCUUGAAAUACAUCGAGGUACAUCUCCAAUUGACUCAAGUUAUGUCAAUUAGCCUAUCAGAAGCUUCUAAAGCCAUGACAUACUUUUCUGGAAUUUUCCAAGCUGUUUAAAUGCACAAUCAACUUAGUGUAUGGAUACUUCUGACCCAUUGGAAUUGUGAUAAAGUGAAAUAAUCUGUCAACAAUAGUUGGGAAAAUUACUUGUGUCAUGCACAAAGUAGAUGUCCUAACCGACUUGCCAAAACUAUAGUUUGUUAACAAGAAAUUUGUGGUUGAAAAACGAGUUUUAAUGACUCCAACCUAAGUGUAUGUAAACUUCCGACUUCAACUGUAUAUAUGUGUGUGUGUGUGUGUGUGUGUGUGUGUGUGUGUGUGUGUGUGUGUGUGUGUGUGUGUGUGUGUGUGUGUGUGUGUGUGUGUGUGUGUGUGUGUGUAUGUCUGUGUAUAUAUAUAUAUAUAUAUAUAUAUAUAUAUAUAUAUAUAUAUAUAUAAUGUGUGGAUAUUAUUUAGAUGACAUGUGCGUGAGGAAGUUUAAAAGUGCAAUAUUAUUUUUGUCAGGAGCAAAUGAGCUUUGAUCAGUGUUAAGGUGUGAUUUCUUGUUUGUAGCGCAAACCUGAGAACUAAAAUGUUUAUACUGUACUUGCAGUUAUGCAUGUAAACAUAAUUAUGCUUUAAGUAAACCAUUUUGUUGUUGAAAAGGUAGUUCCUCUUUUUGCUGGGUUUGUUAGUAUGUCUCAAAGGUAUACGGAGUUCUUGUGAUGACAGUGAUUACACAAGACGGAACUCUCAUCUUGGCACUGUUGAAGGAUCCAUCCAACAGUUUAGGGAUUCUGAAUGUCGCCCAGGCCACAGGACAGAUGGCUUGUUUUGGUAGCUGUUGGCUGAAGCAUUAACGCGGUAUGGCCCCUGUUUACUCUAUUAUGCGACCCUUCUAUACACUCACACAUACUGACACGCAAGUCCCUACCAUGGCAUUCUAAGACAUUUAAUUGGUUGCGGAGGAUUGCAAGACAUGGACAUGAUUCAACUGAAUUUGGGAGGCAUGUCAAACAUUGUUUCCCAGCAAACUAAAACACAGAAGGCUUCUGGUGUGUAUAAAAAAAAAGUUAAUACAAGAGUAAAAAAAAGUCAGUGGAAAUUAAAAGUUGACAAUACCUCAAAUUCUGGAGUAUUGCUUUGCUCUUACAAUGUAUUACCAUACUCGGACAGUGACACAGACAAACACAGAUAUAAAUAACUCUGUUUUUGGAGGUAAACCAUACUAAUACACACCCACAUUAGCUAACAGGAUACACAGUUAUUCUCUCAGGGUGAGAACUGGUGCUCUAAUAAAGUGAUUAAGAAUGUGUAACGUGUUCAAUAUGUGAUAACCACAGGGUUUGAAAAAGGGACGGUAACCAUAGCCUGGUCUCUGAUCAGUAUGUGCUUGAAAGCACACAGAGAAGUUAACUAAAGCAGCACGUUCAGAUUUUGAAUCAGGCUAGGUGUACCUCUACAGGGAUGUAGAGAGCCCACAUGUAUUUGUAUGUAUUACCUAUUAUCUGUUGCCAAGGCAGCAGCUACUCUUCCUGGGGUCUAGCAAAAUUAAGGCAGUUUAUACCGUUAAAAAAAAUAUAUAAUACAUUCACAGAUUUCAUAACACACUGUGUGCCCUCAGGCCCCUACACCACCACUACCACAUAUCUACAAUACAAAAGAUGUGUGUGUAUAGUGCGUAUUUUAUCGUGUGUGUCCAUCUGUUUGUGUUGCUUCACAGUCCCCGCUGUUCCAUAAGGUGUAUUUUUAUAUUGUUUUUCAAUUUCAUUUUACUGCUUGCAUCAGUUACUUAAUGUGGAAUAGAGUUCCAUGUAGUCAUGGCUCUAUGAAGUACUGUGUGCCUCCCAUAGUGUGUUCCGGACUUGGGGACUGUGAAGAGACCUCUGGUGGCAUGUCUUGUGGGGUGUGCAUGGGUGUUCUAGCUGUGCUCCAGUUGUUCAACAGACAGCUCGGCGCAUUCAACAUGUCAAUACCUCUCAUAAAUACAAGUAGUGAUGAAGUCAAUCUCUCCUCCACUUUGAUCCAGGAGAGAUUGACAUGCAUAUGAUUAAUGUUAGCUCUCUGUGUACAUCCAAGGGCCAGCUGUGCUGCUCUGUUCUGAGCCAAUUGCAAUUUUCCUAAGUCCCUUUUUGUGGCACCUGAACACGCGACAACAGUAGUCCAGGUGCGACAAAACUAGGGCCUGUAGGACCUGCCUUGUUGAUAGUGCUGCUAAGAAGCUAGAGCAGCGCUUUAUUAUGGACAGACUUUUCAUCAUCUUAGAUACUGUUGUAUCAAUAUGUUUUGACCAUGACACUUUACAAACCCAGGGUUACUCCAAGCAGUUUAGUCACCUCAACUUACUCAAUUUCCACAUGAUUUAUUUCAAGAUUUAGUUGAGGUUUACGGUUUAGUGAAUGAUUUGUCCCAAAUACAAUGCAUUUAGUUUUUGAAAUAUUUAGGACUAACUUAUUCCUUGCCACCCAUUCUGAAACUAACUGCAGCUCUUUGUUAAGUGUUGCAGUCAUUUCAGUCACUGUAGUAGUUGACGUGUAUAGUGUUGAGUCAUCCGCAUACAUAGACUCACUGGCUUUACUCAAAGCCAGUGGCAUGUCGUUAGUAAAGAUUGAAAAAAGUAAGGUACCAAGACAUCUGCCCUGAGGAAUUCCUGAUUUUACCUGGAUUAUGUUGGAGAGGCUUCCAUUCAAGAACAUCCUCUGUGUUCUGUUAGAUAAGUAGCUCUUUAUCCACAAUAUAGCAGGCCACAACACAAGUUUUUCCAUCAGCAGAUUAUGAUCGAUAAUGUCAAAAGGCGCACUGAAGUCUAACAAAACAGCCUCCACAAUAUUUUUAUGAUUAAUUUCUCUCAGCCAAUCAUCAGUAAUUUGUGUAAGUGCUGUGCUUGUUGAAUAUCCUUCCCUAUAAGCGUUCUGAAAGUUUGUUGUCAAUUAGUUUUUUUUGAAAUAGCAUUGUAUCUGGUCAAACAUUAUUUUUUUCAAAAGUUUACUAAGGGUUGGUAACAGGCUGAUUGGUCGGCUUUUUGAGCCAUUAAAGGGGGCUUUACUAUUCUUAGGUAGCGGAAUUACUUUUGCUUCCCUCCAAGACUGAGGGCACACACUUUCUAGUUGGCUUACAUUUAAAUUAUGGCAAAUAGGAGUAGCAAUAUCAUCCACUAUUAUCCUCAGUAAUUUUCCAUCCAAGUUGUCAGACCCUGGUCGCUUGUCAUUGUUGACAGACAACAAUUUUUUAAUCUCUUCCACACUCAAUUUACGGAAUUCAAAAUUACAAUGCUUGUCUUUCAUAAUUUGGUCAGAUAUACUUGGAUGUGUAGUGUAAGCAUUUGUUGCUAGCAUGUCAUACCUAAAUUUGCUAAUCUUGCCAACGAAAAAACUAUUAGUAGUAGUUGGCAAUAUUUUUUUUAUUUAACCUUUUAUUUAACUAGGCAAGUCAGUUAAGAACAAAUUGUUCUUUACAAUGACGGCCUACCCUGGCCAAAGCCGGACAAUGCUGGGCCAAUUGUACGCCGCUCUAUGGGACUCCCAAUCAUGGCCGUAUGUGAUUCACCUUGGAUUCGAUGCAGGGACUGUAGUGAUGCCUUUUGCACUGAGUUGCAGUGCCACUCGGGAGCCAUCUGAUUCAAUGAGUUCGUGUUUUCGGCCAAAAUUUAAUUUAAGGUGCUCCAAAGCUUUUUACUAUCAUUCUUUGUAUUUUUUCUUUGUUUCAUAGUGUAGUUUCUUAUUCUUUUUAUUCAGUUUAGUCACAUGAUUUGCCAAAUGGUUGUGUAGCCAGACUUGUUUGCCAUUCAUUUUGUCUCAUCCCUUUCAACCAUACAAUUUUUCAAUUCCUCAUCAAUCCACGGGGAUUUAUCCAUUUUUACAGUCAUUUUCUUAGUGGAUGCAUGCUUGUUAGUAACUGGAAUAAGCUAUUUCAUAAAUGUGUCAAGUGCAGCGUCUGUUUGCUCCUCAUUACACACCAUGGACCAACAAAUAUUCUUUACAACAACAUAUGAAUCACUACAAAACCUCUUGUAUGACCUCUCAUACAUUAUAUUAGGCCCAGCCCUUGGAACUUUGGUUUUCCUAGACAUGGCUACUAUAUUGUGAUCUCUACAGCCAAUGGAUCUGGAUACUCCUUUCAAGCAAAUUUCUGCAGCAUUAGUAAAGAUGUGAUAAAUACAUGUUGAUGAUUUCAUUCCUGUGCUGUUUGUAACUACCCUGGUAAGUUGACUGAUGACCUGAACCAGGUUGCAGGCACUGGUUACAGUUUGAAGCUUUUUAAGUCGGCAGCUUGAUGAAAUAUUUAAAUCACCCAGAAAAUAUACCUCUUGAUAUCACAUACAUUAUCAAGCAUUUCACACAUAUUAUCCAGAUACUGACUGUUAACACUUGGUGGUCUAUAGCAGCUUCCCACAAUAAUGGGCUUUAGGUGUGGCAGAUGAAACUGUAGCUAUAUUACUUAUGCUCAAUUUAACAAAAUCAGUGGGGGCCUGACUGUUUAGCUUUUAUUUUCUUGAUUGUAAAUUCUUAGAUUAUAGGCAACUAUAAAAUAUAUAUGUCCAUUAUCUUUUCUACAUACUUAAUAUUAGUUUUUUUGUCGUUUAAGUUAACACUGAAAGUGUUUUUCUGUCCUGAAAAUGUAUGUGCAACCCCAAAAAAUGUGAGUAUAUAUUUUUUAAUGUCAUCCCGCCACCCACCCGGACCCCUGUUGCGAACCACAAAUUGGUCCCAACCCACAGUUUGGGGCGCUAACUAACGUAAGACAAUGCUACUGCACUGAACUCCGCUCUCCUGUUCUGUAUUGUAUUGUACUGCACUGUACUCUAGUGUGCUCUGCUGUUCAAAUUUGUGAAACAUGAGGAGAAUGACAUUCACAUUCAUAAUGAUGCUUUUCUGUGUAGUACAGAUCAGGGACCCAUGAUGUAAUUCCGUUACCCUAAUUCUGUUUCCGGGUAUAAAUCCAUUUCACUUACUGUAGUUCAAUAAACAAAAUAUUUUUUUAAA